AUGGUUUCGAUAUUCCGCCGUCUCACUGUGGCACAGUCAACAAUUUAUUUUGUCGCGCGAGGUCCAAGGUUUAGUAGAUUUUGUACAGCAGCUGCGACCAUGUCAACGCAGAUUGAUCCCCCGGAAAGCUUGCUGAAGCCGAUGAAUUUCCCCAUGAAAGUCCUGAUGGGACCCGGACCGUCGAACUGUCCUCCCCGCGUUCUGGCUGCCGGAGCGCUACCGCUGCUCGGUCACCUGCACCCGGAGUUUAUCGAGAUAAUGGAUGAAGUUAAAGCUGGCAUUAAGUACGCAUUCCAGACAAACAAUGAGUGGACAUUUGUAAUUUCUGGAACAGGCCAUGCUGCUAUGGAGGCUUCAGUAUGCAAUCUUCUCGAAACAGGGGACGUCACUCUAUCGUGUCAAAAUGGAGUGUGGGGAGAGCGAUAUGCAGACAUGGCAGAACGCAAUGGUGCCACUGUUCACAAGUUAGUAAAGCCCAUGGGAGAAGUCUUUUCUUUGAAGGAAAUUGAAGAGGCCCUUAAACAGCACAGUCCAGCAGUUCUAUUCAUCACUCACGGGGAAUCAUCUGGCGGCACGGCUCAACCCUUUAAUGGAAUAGGCAACCUCUGUCACAAAUACAACUGUCUUCUUUUAGUUGAUUCUGUGGCAGCUAUGGGUGGUGUUCCUUUACGCAUGGAUCAGUGGGAUAUCGACGCUCUGUAUUCAGGAUCUCAAAAAGUAUUGAGUGUUCCCCCAGGAACCAGUAUAAUAUCAUUUUCAGAAAAAGCCAAAAAGAAAAUCCAGAAUCGCAAAACCAAAGUCCGGUCGUGGUAUUUUGAUGCCAAUGAAUUAGCAAACUACUGGGGAUGUGAUGAUAAACCCAGGAGGUACCACCAUACCGCUCCCAUCAGCAGUGUGUACGCUUUGAGAGAAGGGCUGGCUCGUCUAGCUGAAGAGGGUUUGCAGGCAUGCUGGGCCAGACACAAGCAGUGUGCUGAACUCUUGUAUGAAGGACUAGAAAAACGUGGUUUGAAGAUGCUCGUGAAAGACAAGAGUGUGCGGAAUCCCUGUGUGUCAACAAUUUUGGUGCCUGAUGGGGUAAACGGGAAAGAUGUGUGUGAUUAUGCCAUGAAGAAUUACAGAGUAGAAAUAGCAGGCGGGCUUGGAGAUUUGGCUGGUAAAGUGUGGCGUAUUGGAAUCAUGGGUUACAACUGCACCCCGGAUAAUGUCAGACUGGUGUUACGGGCCCUUGGGGAGGCAGUUGAACAGUGUAAACAAUAGACAGUAUCAUUUCAUUAUUAAUAAUGUUAGAUUGGAGUUACGGGCCCUUGGGGAGGCAGUUGAACAGUGUAAACAAUAGACAGUAUGGCCUCGGACCACAAUUAAUUUCGCUAUAUGUUUUUAUAUAGCCUUAGUGGCUAUAACAUUUUUAUUAAUAUCAGCAGACCCGUGAAGUUUUGUAUGUACCUUUGCCUGCAUGGGGGACACAUACCCU